CUUUUAUCUUCUUUUUUUCAAAAAUAUGUCGAACUACCAUGAUGAUUUCUAUGACAGACCUUCUGCUCCUCCAGCAGCAGUAGCAUCGACACCACCUCCUUUACCCCACCAUAUUGAUACUGGUAGAGAAUCGACAGAUCAAUAUGCCAUGAAAGAAAUCCCGGUCAAUUCGCCAUCACCUUAUCCUGUAUAUAACAAUAAUACAGCCUACAACAACCAUAGCAACGGAUCUACUCCAGUUCCCUCUCAAACUCGUUAUAAUGACCCACACAGAUCUUCCAUGUCGGACAUGAAAUUUAUUGAUCAUUACGAUUCUGACGAUGAUUUAGAAAAGAUCAUCCCUCGUGAAAAGAAACGUCGUUCUUGUAUGGACAAAGCCUGUUGUGGAUGCUGUACUUGUUGUCCUAAGUGGUUGCGCUGGUGUAGUUGUAUAUUUUUGAUUAUUAUUUUAAUUAUUGUCAUUAUUGUCGGUGUAUUAGCGGCUUUAUUUAAAGUUCCCAAGAUUGACUUUACCGGUCUCAAGCAAGAUCCUGCUGUCUCCAAUGUAAAUAAUGUUCUCACUAUGACGUUCGAUGUAGGUAUUACAGUAGACAACCCGAAUUUUGAGAGUAUUACAUUCGAGAUUAUAAAGGCAGACGCUUACUACCCUGCUCCUUACAAUGUUUAUGUUGGUGGUGGCAACGUUACUAAUCUUCAUAUCAAUUCAAACGGCAUCACUGACAUUGUGUUUCCAUUUGCUGUUCGCAUCGACUCACAAGAUCCCCAGCAACAAGGUGUUAUUAUGGAUUUAGUUACGCGUUGUGGUUUGGAUGGAAGUACGCCAGAGAACAUUAAAUUCGAUUAUUACGUUUAUCCAACAGUUCGUAUUGCGGGUAUUGCGAUCACACCAAAGAUAUCUCAAUCCUUAAGUAUCCCAUGUCCAUUAAAGGUAAAGUGUUAUUGUAUGAUUUUUUAAUAAAAUACUAACUAUUAUCUAAUAGAGUGGUGACUUAAGUUCUAUAUUUGGCUCAUCCUUAGCAUAGGUCUUAUCACGUUGUAAAUGCACUAAGCAGACAAAAUAAUGACUUGUUUUAUAAAUGUAAUAUUAAUGUAAAAAUAAAUAAAUAUGUUACCCUUUUCAAUAUUGCAUCGA